UGGUUUAAAUUUAGAAUAGUGGGAUAUGUGUUUUGAACAAUAUAAAAUUGGACGCAUUCAUGUAUUUGAAUUUCAAAUUUCACACCAAAUAGUUAUGUUGAACGCACAUUUCUUUGAAAUAAGGAUAAGAAAAAAUAGCUCAUCAGAUUUUAUUUAGACAAGUGUCUGCUUAAUUUUUUUGUUUAUUUAUCUUCUUUUUUUUUAUUUUGAAAAACUAUGGGAACUGUAAGCUAAGAGAGUAGAGUCUAUAGACAAUGUAAUCAACUACUGCAAACACAAUGUAAUCUGGUACAGUAUAGAUCUAGUAGAUUAAUAGACAAUGUAAUCUGGAGAUCAACACAGACUAGCGGUCACUUGGUCAACAAUGUCCUACUUGACCACUGGCUAUUUUAACUGGAUUGGGGGCGCUAAAGGUGGGCCAACCAUGGAGGGCGCCGUAGCGAGGGAUUCCCAACAGCAUCAAGCAGAGCUAGGCGCCAUGUUCCGCGGCGGCACCGCCAAUAGUUCCAUGAACCUGUGGGAGGACAACCGGCGUGUGUAUAUGGACAACUUGAGGCUGUGGGACUGCCUUACCUUGAUCAGGAGUGACCCGUCCAUGAGCUGUCAGAGUGCCAUCAACUUGGUGUUCAGUCUGAGAGAUAGCGAGUAUCUAGUCUCAUUCCCAGACACUCACCAGCUGAUGCUCCUGCGUUACCCAUCUGGUUUCGUCUCCCACACAAAUAUCCAUGACGCCCAAUUGGAAAAUAUGCGUCUAAAGGACGAGAACUCUAGGCUGCAUGCGGCUAUAUGGGUAUUGAGAGACAAUCCUAAUCUUCAGCCAGAUUCCACAGUUGCCGCCAUUUUCAGACUUCAAGAGAGUCAGUUCCAAGCCAAAUUUCAUGCAGAUCCAGACGUCAGCAGAGGAGGACUCUUUAAGUUCUCAGACAAACAGACGUAUGCUAAUAAUAACAAAGUCUACAUGGCCUCCUUGGACAUUGGCACAGAGCCUAACAUGGCCAUCCAAUUGACCAACAAACCUAUCAAAGCUGACACCACGUCCUCGAGGAGAUGUCGGUCAGCUUCGAGCAGGCGACCACAUAGCAGUUACUACUCCUCCAUGGCGCAAGGUGCGCUGACCCGCAAACGUAGCGGGAGCUCCAUCCACCAUCGUGACAUGAUGUCCAAUUGGCGGUCUGACCGGCUCUUAACAUCGGAGAGGAUGUUCUUCCUACCCGAAGAGGACAUCCACGCUGGGCUCUACACCAAACGGUCACCGAGACUUUAUAAGGAGACAGGUGGGCCUGGUCAUGGGCACCACUGGGCAGCAGAUGAGGACCUUGAAGACUUUGUUCAGGUCAGGAGUGAUUAUAACAACAGUCAAACAGACGAGAACUCACUUGGAGAACUGUCGCCUGCUCAAACAAUAGACAGAACAAUCUCAACUAAGCUGCCAGUUGAAGAGUUUAGCAAAAUAAUUAUCUGGUCUGAUCAAAGACUGGGUACAACAACAUGGCAUGAUAAAAGUCUAAAAGAGAAGAACACCAAUUUCCCGGUGAAAUCGAAAGCGCCACAAUCGCAGCAGACGUCAAAGAAUAAUGUUCAUUUACCAAAAUUAAAAGAAAUCAACCAUGAACAACCGAAAAGCUCUGAUGAACCUUUUGGCUUGCAAAGAGCCAUAACCAAAAAGGAAAUCUUAAGAAACUCUAAUUGUAACAAAUUGCGCUUUAAAAAUCUGCACAGAGUGUCAGUAAAGUCUGCAGUAAACUAUGAAAUGGCAAAAUAUAAUACAAACCAAAACAUGAAAAAUGACCUUCCGAUGUUAAGUAUGUCAGCAAACAGGGAAACAACGAAGACCCACUUAAACGACCUGCAUCAGAACACUUUAAUAAAUACCAAUAAUAUUUCCACUUUGAAUUUUAAAAGCCCGCACAUUCUUCCACCCGUUAAGCCAACAUCAAGUGAGAAACCUCGGCCGGAAAUGCUGAAGCUGAUGGGCAAAGCAAGAUCAGAUCUCUCCGACACACACGCCCACCAUGAAGGUUCAAAUGAGUUAAAAGACGGAAGUCAUUUCAGAAAUCGACCUCUCACUGCAAAGAGACGAGAUUUUACGAGGAACAGAAACGACAAUUUAAACAGCAUUGCCAAAUGGAAGGCGCGAGAGGCAUUGAAAAAGGCAGAGAACUCGUCAGAGUUGAAGGAUUGUGAUCAGAACGUUAGCAGGGGCACAAAGAAAGGGGCGUCGUGCAACAACAGCACGGUAAUCAAAGACGCCAGCGUUAGAACCAUCAAAUACGAUGACUCAAUUUCCGAAACGUAUUCUCGUAUAAUAGUCAAAAGUUUUUCUGUUCCCCAAGAAUACCCAACUGCAGUUGACAAGUUUUCUUUUCAAAGAUCACAAGAUCUUCUUUCUUUAAUGAAUGCUCAACAACCGUACAUCAAAUACUCUGAAACGCCUACACCGUUCAAACCUCCGCUGUGGCAGCCUUAUUCCUUUCAAGGCUUCACUAGCGUUAAGCACUUCCUGGACAGACAGCGUUGGCUCAUGGACGGGCAAAGGAUGAUUAGGUCAGACAAGACUUUCUUUACCAGGGCCAUAUCACCAUCUCUCUUCCGCAUAAAUCAGGAGGACGUCCAAACGGCCUGCUGCCCAAAGGGAAAACUUCCUGUGCCUGAUAUUGACUACAUGCAGCUCCAUCAGAAGAGCUUCAAGGUUUACCAUGUGUUCCCUCGUAACGCUCACAGCAAGGAGAAAGAAAAGAGUCCCAACCAUGAGCCGGCUGUAGAAAUAGGUCAACUCAAAGGUUGUGACAACACAGCCGUGUGUAAAAAGAAAAACCAAAGUCUGAAAGUGCUGUAUGAAUUGGGGACAUGGAAGUACACCAAACCUUUAGCCACUAUGAUUAAAAGAAACCAUUGCUUCAAAGAACACCAGAAGAAGAAAUAAAAACUGUGUCUACUGUCUUUCACAAUCAGAACAAAAAAAAAAGAAAAAAAUGAGCCAACACUAUGAAGCUAUCAUGUGAUGUCUUUAAUUUUUAAAAUUUUAGUUUUAUGAGUAACAUUUGCAAUCCAACUCAAUCCUAGGAUAAACACAAAUAAUGUAUAGUCAUGAGAAUGUGGACAAGUGCUGCACAGUGUCCAAUAGUUCUCAAGAUGAGAAAGUGCUGGUGGUACCUAUUCAACAGGUCAGAUAAUAGCAAUUGAUUUCUGUCUCAAAAACUGAGAAGUAUUUAAUGAUAUACUUAAAGAAUUUCAAGUUUUUUAUUUAUGACUCAAAGAUAACAAAUAAGGUAUUUAUGGACUCAAAAUAAAAAACAAAAACUGUAUUAUUUGAGAAUCAGACAUAGUUUAAUAUAAGUGACUCUUGAAAAGAGAAUAAAUAAGGUAUUUUAAACUCACACACAGAGAAUAAAGAUGGUACUUUAGACUCUAAGAAAUAUAAGUAAGUGACUCAAAUACAGAAAAAAAAAGAUGGUAUCUGUGACUCCAACCAAUCAUAAUUGUAACUCAAGGGAGAAUUUUAAAAAAGAUAUUUGUGAACUUUACACAGAAUGAAGCCUUUCUAAUAAGUUGAAAUUAAAAAAUAUAAAGUUAAUAUAAAAUGAA